AUGUCUGAAAUCAGAAGGAAACUCGUUAUUGUUGGUGACGGUGCCUGUGGCAAGACCUGUUUGUUGAUUGUCUUUUCCAAGGGUACUUUCCCUGAGUUUUAUGUCCCCACCGUCUUUGAGAACUAUGUGUCCGAUGUCGAAGUGGAUGGAAAGCACGUUGAAUUGGCACUUUGGGAUACAGCUGGCCAGGAAGAUUACGAUCGUCUUCGUCCUUUGUCUUACCCUGAUUCUCAUGUCAUCAUGAUUUGCUUUGCUGUUGAUUCUCCCGAUUCACUUGAUAACGUUCAAGAAAAGUGGAUCUCCGAGGUGCAUCACUUUUGCCAUGACCUUCCUGUUUUGCUUGUUGGAUGCAAGAAGGAUUUGCGUAACGAUCCUGCCACCAUUGAAGAACUUCGAAAGAACUCUCAGAGACCUGUUGCAUUCGAAGAGGGAGCUAGCGUUGCUCAAAAGAUCCAAGCUUACAAGUAUCUUGAAUGCUCAGCCAAGACUGGUGAAGGCGUCCGUGAAGUGUUUGAACAUGCCACAAGAGCUGCUCUCACUGUGAGACAAAAGAAGAAGGGUGGUGUCAAGUGCACUUUGUUGUAG